AUGAGAUCUUUUCAAGUUAGGCGACAUAGACGACGAACAACUCUAUCAGCAAAUGAAUUAUCUCAAUCAAUUAUUCAAUCAUCUGAGUUAACAACAACAUCAAGACGUCAAAGUUCAAUAGUAAUGUCUCACAAUGAAAAUCGUCGAAAUUCAAAUCAAUCUGAUGAAAAUGAUAACUUAUUUGCACAUAGACGGCAUACAUUGAACAUUCCAAAAUCUUCAUCAACUAUUGAUACUUUUGAUCUAUCUCGACGUUCAUCAUUAAAUAAUGGUCGAAGAUUCAGUUUUCAACAACAAGAAAUAACUGACUCAUCUAAGUCGAAAACAAAUCUAAAAAAUUUUUAUGUAUUUUUCGUAUUACUUUUUCUCUUUAUUUUUCUUGCCGUUAUUUAUUCAUUUAUUCGUAUGAUAAAAAAUCAAUCGUAA